UGGAGCUUCCGUGAGCACGUCAUAGCUUUUCCGAGAAGUGGUGGAGGAAGGAGGGAGAAGGAGGACGGGUAAUUUUCUGACUCUUCAGUUCUCUUGUGCCGUUCUCUUCGUUCCUAUCUCCUCAUCUCAGGUUCUUCCUCAUACCACGGGAGGCUUGAUCCCUCCGAUGACGUCCUGAUUCGGCGUCGAUUCUUCCUUUUUUACGUUCUUGAGCGCGUCUCGGGCAUCAGAUAAGAGUUCGCUGUUGCGGAUUCUGUGGAAGUUCCGGGAAGAUCUGACCCUAGUGGGCCCAAAGUCCAUCAACGAUGUCACUGUGGGCAAAAACUCAGCAAUUGCAGCAAUUUCAGGCUGAAGCAUUUCGUCAGGUGCAAACCCUGUAUCAGCCUGAGCAUUUUCCCAUUGAAGUUCGUCAUUAUUUGGCACACUGGAUCGAGGACCAGAACUGGAGUGACUUGGAUCCAGAUAAUCCUGCUCAUGAGCAAAUAGCAAGUGCCAUGGUUACUGCCCUCAUCCAAGAAUUGGAACGGACAUACAUGGCCACUGAUGAUGCCAACUUUGUCAUGAAACUCAAGCUUUCUGAAGCGGCUGCCACAUUUAGGCAAAGAUAUGUGCAGAACCCAAUGGCCCUGGUCCGCACUGUGCAACACUGCUUGAGACUGGAGCAUGAGCUAGUCCAACAAGCUGAACAGGUGGGUGUUAGUGAUAUGAGCAUAGUUAGCCAAGAUCCUUUGUCUGAGAUCUUGGAAAAGCUGAAUUGGCUGAAACAACGUACAAGGGAGACCCAAGAUGAUCUGCGUCGCAUGGAACGGGAACAGGAGGACCUGGAGAUCCAGUAUCAUGAAUGCACCAAGAUUCACACUGCCCUGAGUAACCUUCAUACUCGGGAUGGCCAGCCUGGAAUGGAGACGCAUUUACCUCAACUCCAAAAACAGAAGGAGGCAAAGGAAAAAAAUAUCCAGCAAAAGGCGGCUGCACUGGUGAAAGCACGUAUGGACUAUGUGGAAAAGCAGCUUGACACAUUCAACCAUUUGCAGAGCCUGCAAAGUCGAAUCUUGGAGAAUGAAUUGAUCUUAUGGAAAAGGGAUCAGCAGUUGGCUGGAAACGGAGCUCCAUUUACCCGCAACCUUGACCAAAUUCAGACCUGGUGUGAAGGACUGGCAGAGAGUAUAUGGGGCAUGCGCCAGCAAAUCAAAGAAUUCCAGCGGCUACGGGGGAAAAUACAGCUCAAUGACCAGGUGAACAUGAUUGAAAAGCUUGACUAUGAAGUCACAAAAUUGCUGUCCACACUUGUCACCAGCACAUUCAUCAUUGAGAAACAGCCACCUCAGGUGAUGAAGACAAAUACUAGAUUUACAGCCACAGUUCGCCUUCUUGUUGGUGGGAAGCUCAAUGUUCAUAUGACCCCUCCUCAGGUGACAGUGAAAAUAGUGAGUGAAGCACAGGCUAAGGUCCUCCUGCGAGAUGAUAAGGCCCAGGGAGCUCGAAGUGAAAGCAGUGGAGAGAUCCUCAACAACACCGGAACUAUGGAGUAUAAUCCAACCACUCGCCACCUUGCCAUUAAUUUCAGGAACAUGCAGUUGAGGAAGAUUAAGCGAGCUGAGAAGAAAGGAACAGAGUCUGUGAUGGAUGAGAAAUUCUCCCUUCUCUUCCUCUCUCAUUUCAAGAUUGGUGGGGAUGUGUUAAUUUUCCAGGUGUGGACACUUUCUUUGCCAGUUGUUGUAAUUGUUCAUGGAAACCAAGAACCUCAUGCAUGGGCCACUGUGAGCUGGGACAAUGCACACGCAGAGCCUGGUCGUGCUCCAUUUGUUGUCCCAGACAAAGUUCCAUGGCCAAUGGUGGCUGAUAUGCUAAACAAGAAGUUCAUGUCUGUUUGCGGACGCUCCCUCACAGAAGACAAUUUCAACUUCCUGGCUGGGAAGGCCUUUCGGAAUCAUUCACUGAAUGAUUAUAGCCAGCUAUCUCUGAGUUGGAGUCAAUUCUGCAAGGAACCUCUACCUGAACGCAACUUCACCUUUUGGGAGUGGUUCUAUGGAAUCCUGAAGCUCACACGAGAGAAUCUCCGUGCCCUCUGGAAUGAUGGGUCAAUUUUGGGAUUCAUUGGGAAGGCACAGACUACAGACAUUCUCCUUCAGUGUCAACCAGGAACCUUCCUUCUACGGUAUUCAGACUCUGAACUUGGUGGAAUCAGCAUUGCCACAGUCACUGCCACAGAUUCUCCUUCUGGACCAAGUCUGAAUGUGGACCACUUCCAACCAUGGACACAUAGGGAUCUGACGAUUCGGAGUCUUCCUGAUCGCAUCCAUGAUCUCAGUCGUCUAACACAUCUUUACCCAAAUAUUCCCAAGGACGACGCAUUUGGUCGCUACUACACACCCAUCAAUGAUGACCAACCUCAGACAGGAUACAUUCGACCUAUGCUUGUCACUCACAUUCCUUCGUGGAACCAGGAUGGUGGGGGAGGAGGUGGUUACAGUUAUCCAUCAACCCCACAGUCAUAUCAAUACCCUCAGAGUCCUGCUGAAGGAGUCAUUCGCCGUGAAGCUCAGGGAACACCCCCAGACCACAUAGCCAACCAGGGCUCCCCCACCAACGACAGGAACGAGAAUGCAAACACGGAAAUGAUAGUGGAUUACGAAGAGAUGUUGCGGGAGCUGUCGUCUGGCGUGGAAGAUUUCCCGGUGGACUUCACUGCCCUCAACCUCAUGAAUCUCCUACCAGAGUGCAAGGCCGAAGUCGAGGACGACAUGAUGUGAGCCCGAUGGUACUUGCCGGUACUAGAUAUGAAUACGCACUGGACUGCCGGUAGUGCUUUCCAUAUCCGUUCACCUUUGACUUUUCCUUUGUAUCAUGUGAUAUUGAUAUGAUUCCUCUCACCGUCACCCCACCUUGUCAUGUGUGUCUGUGAUUAAUUGUGGCCGCACACAUUGAGGAAUUACCCAUAGGAUGUUCUGUAGGUCCAUUUGAAUGAGACUGUCCAUUGCGUGAUGCCUUCUCUUUCAAAAUUCUCCUCGUGUACCUUUUAUCGGUGCUGUGGAUCGAUAGACUUUUGUAUGUGAAGCACGGGAUUGAACUCCGUUUUUUUCUCUCUAUUUUUGUCCUCAAUGGCUUAUUUCAGUCAAGACUGACAGCAACAUUAAUUGUUCACGUGUAAACAUUGGAAAUCGUCUGGACUCGCAGCCGGCAUUAUUCGCGGUAUUCUUGUGAUUAGAUAUGCAUUUCAUGUUCAUUCGAUGUACAUACUGCAUCCCUGUUCCAAACUCCACAGAGUAGUAUAGAACAGGAAUGGUUAAAGAGUUUUUUUUUGCUGAGUACAAAAUAUGAAACUUUCGAAUUUGUUUAACCUGUUCCUUUGAACAAGAUAUACUGUAUAUAAUAGAUGUGAAUUAACAUAUCUGAGCGAAGUUUAUGAUUCCACUAAGAUAUUGUAAAGUGUGCAUUACCUGCCAACUGAGGUGCUUUCGCCGAUAUCGUAUCUGAGGCCUGUGCCUGUGUCCUGACGCUCGAGUCCCUCCCUCGUGAAAGACACAUCCAUUUUGAAGCUUGUUGACGGAUUUUGGGAGUUUUAUUCUUGGGGCUUUCCAUCUUUCCAUCCUUCCUUUCUUCUGUCCAGAUAGUAUUGAUAUUGGUCGGACUUGUUAUCGCGUUGGUUCCGCUGGGCUUUGCAAUAAAACGACUUCGAUGUUC